CUCAUUUGCUAAUUCUGAAAUAGCUGAGAAGUUCACGGUUUUGCUGAGACUUGGUCAGCAUUGUCAAUGGUGCCUCACUGUCUCUUACCCAUUUUGCCAAAACUAUCUAUUUUCGGGAUUGCGGUUUUAGAUAACCCCCCAUCUUCUCUAUAACCUCUCUUUCUUUCUCCCUGCUUCUCUUCGUUUUCAACAGGCAGGGCAUUUGGGAGUGUCUUUGUUUCCCUUCUUGCCCUGUAUGAUAUGAGUGCUUGAUUCGUUGUCUUCAAAUCCUGCAAGGCCAGAGGAAGCAAUCAACUCAAACGACACCAUGUCUGGAACUAUGUCUCCAAAAGGUUCUUUCAAGAAGAAAGCAAUCAAUGCCUCAAACAUGCUGAGGAAUUCUUUGACCAGGAAGGGUAGGCGAAGCAGUAAGGUCAUGUCCGUUGAAAUCGAGGAUGUCCACGAUGCUGAGGAGUUGAAAAUUGUUGACGAGUUCCGUCAAGCUCUUAUUUUGGACGAACUUCUUCCUGCAAAACACGAUGAUUAUCAUAUGAUGCUUAGAUUCCUGAAGGCUAGGAAAUUUGAUAUCGAGAAAACAAAGCAAAUGUGGUCUGAAAUGCUCAAAUGGAGGAAGGAAUUUGGUGCUGACACCAUCACGGAGGACUUCGAAUUCAAAGAACUUGAUGAAGUCUUGCAAUAUUAUCCCCAAGGCCAUCAUGGAGUGGACAAAGAUGGAAGACCUGUGUACAUAGAGAGAUUAGGCCAAGUCGAUGCCACGAAGAUGAUGCAAGUCACAACCAUGGAUCGCUACAUCAAAUACCACGUAAAGGAGUUUGAGAGGACAUUUGAUGUUAAGUUUGCAGCUUGUUCAAUUGCUGCAAAGAAGCACAUAGAUCAAAGUACAACUAUCCUGGACGUGCAGGGAGUGGGGCUUAAAAGCUUCAGCAAACAUGCUAGGGAACUUGUUACUCGCCUUCAGAAGAUUGACGGUGACAACUAUCCAGAGACCUUGAAUCGCAUGUUCAUCAUCAAUGCAGGUUCUGGAUUUAGGAUACUGUGGAACACCGUAAAAUCAUUCCUUGAUCCUAAGACCACGGCAAAAAUCAAUGUUCUUGGCAACAAGUAUGACACCAAAUUGCUAGAAAUAAUUGAUGCAAGUGAGUUGCCUGAAUUUUUAGGAGGCACUUGUACAUGUGCUGAUCAAGGAGGCUGUAUGCGCUCUGAUAAGGGCCCAUGGAAGGAUGCAGAAGUAAUGAGGAUGGUUCAGAAUGGUGAUCACAAAUGUUCAAAAAAAAGUGCCUCACAAGGCGAGGAAGAGAAAGAAAAUUCUGAGGAACACAAGACUUCCAAAUUGGAGGCAAAUCACACCCCCCAGCUUUCUCCAGUUGUUGAAGAAGAGGUCCCUGCUACUAAAACUUCCCAGCCCUUAUCACCGAUGGCUGAUAAAUCUGCUGUGAAAAAAGUUGAUGAGAAAGCUUCCAAGCCUAAGGACUUAGCCCCUACAGCUGAUAAAACUGCAGCAUCAACUGAGUUUUCGACUGUGAUGAAACGCAUGGCUGAGUUGGAGGAGAAAAUCGUCACCAUCAAUAAUAAGCCCACUGCUAUGCCACCUGAGAAGGAGCAAAUGCUGAAUGCAACUAUAACUCGAGCCGAUGACUUGGAGAAACAACUUUUGGCUACCAAGAAGGCUCUGGAGGAUUCACUUGUUAAGCAAGAAGAGCUUUCGGCUUAUCUUGACAAAAAGAAGAAGAAGAAGAAGAAGAGAUUUUUCUUCUUUUAAAGAGCAAAUCCGUGGAUGCCCAAACAAGAGGUCCAGAUAUUAACGGGAAAUUAGCUUUUAGUUUCUGCCUUUCAGGAGACUUCCCAAAUGCCCCCCUUACAUCAAUGUUCAACAUGCGAACUAGUAAAUAUUCAAAACGAUCAGAAGAGAAGCAUUUGCUCAAAAUAUAUGAAUUAUGAUAAUCAGAAUUUUGGUCUCUAUUAGGAUAGGACUUACUCUCUAUGUGUAGUAUAUAUAUAUAGGGCUAUGGCGAUCUGCACAUUAUGCAAAGCCUGCUCUAUUAUUAUGUACGUACAGAAUCAAUCAAUAUCUAGUACAAAAUUAGAGAGUAUGACAA